GGGCGCGGUGGGGCGGCCGCGCCCUCCCGCCUCCCCAUUGUCUGGCGGCGGCGCUGCCCCCCGCGGCCGGGGGUCAUCGCCCGGCGGGGGCGGCGGCAGAGCCGUGGCAUCCCUUGGAAGUGGGCUGUGCGUGCCCUCCGACCCGGCCCGCAGUGGGGUCAGACCCCUCCGAGGACGAGCUCCUCUCCCCUCUUUUCCUUCUCCACCCCGUGCCGGGAGCCUGCACGGGGCUUUGCUCGCCUCGGGGCGGAGGAAAAUCCGUCUGACUCGUCAGUCAGAACGGAGAAUCGAGAAGUUCAAUCCCGGCGCGCCCAGAGGAGCCGGCGAGUUCCUGCCCGCUGUCACCGCUGGCGUUCCGGAGCGCGGAUGGACUGACAGACUGACGGAUGUGCAGCACUGGAAACCAACAUCAACUUCAAUAACCAUGUAAUGGAGGCAGUUCUGGAUUUCGGAAAGGGCUCAGAGUAUCUGCAGUAGUGAAUGUUAUCUGAUUCUUGUAUUGUCAUGCACCAGGGUCCUUAACCUGCUGCUGCUCUUUGGGCUUCUGCAAAUGCCACAGACCUAGCAGAAGGUGGUGGAUGUGGACUUUAAAACUGUGUCUCAACAUCUCAUCCUCAACUAUUUUUAGUCUGAUUGCACUACGAAAGAAAAGCUGCUAAUGGGAUAAAUGUUGAGACUUUACAAGAACUGACUUGAAUACCAAAAGCCAUUAUUAUUAUUAUUUUAUUAUUACUAUUAUUAAUCAAGAAGAGCUUGAAGCUAAGUCUAUAUCUGACCAGUCAUUAUCAUUUCACAGUAACAGUCAUGGCAAGUAAACGAAAAUCAACAACACCCUGCAUGGUCUUAGCCAAUGAGCAGGAUCCAGAUCUAGAAAUGGUGUCAGACUUGGAGGAAGGACCACCUGUGCUCACACCAGCAGAUAACCCUACAGCAGAGGGUGUAACAAGUGAUGAAGAUGUUCAUGAGUGUGUGGAUUCAGACAAUAAGAAAAACACAAAUAAAGUAGAAGGUGGUUAUGAGUGUAAAUACUGUACUUUUCAGACUCCAGAUCUCAAUAUGUUUACUUUUCAUGUGGAUUCAGAACACCCCAAUGUAGUAUUAAAUUCAUCCUACGUUUGUUUAGAAUGUAAUUUCCUUACCAAAAGAUAUGAUGCUCUCUCAGAACAUAAUUUGAAGCACCAUCCUGGAGAGGAGAAUUUUAAAUUGACUAUGGUGAAACGUAAUAACCAGACAAUCUUUGAACAGACAGUAAAUGAUCUCACUUUUGAUGGGAGUUUUGUUAGAGAAGAAAAUGCUGGACAGGCUGACUCUUCUGAGGUCCCCUCAUCAGGGAUCUCUAUUAGCAAAACUCCUAUCAUGAAAAUGAUGAAAAGCAAACCCGAGGCUAAACGUAUUGCUGUUUUCCACAAUACAGUUGAUAACAUUCCUGGUGAAGAAAAGGGAACUGAAAAUGAGCCAGACCCUGAAGAAGUGGUAGAAAACCCCCCAGCAGCAGUUUCUGAACCAAAACCAAGCCAUUCAGUUGUGUGCAGUGCAGCAGAUGUGGCCGGGGCAGUAGUGACCCCAGCACCAGUGCUUCAGCCUGGGGUGGCGCAGGUUGUGACAGCUGUUACAGCUCCCCAGAACUCAAACCUGAUUCCAAAAGUACUCAUACCUGUAAAUAGCAUUCCAGCCUAUAACACUGCUUUGGAUAACAAUCCUCUUUUGCUUAACACCUACAACAAAUUCCCAUACCCAACCAUGUCGGAAAUCACUGUUCUCUCCUCUCAAGCUAAGUACACGGAAGAACAGAUUAAAAUCUGGUUUUCUGCCCAGCGUCUGAAACACGGAGUGAGCUGGACGCCAGAGGAGGUGGAGGAAGCAAGGAGGAAACAAUUUAAUGGCACAGUGCAUACUGUGCCACAGACAAUUACCGUUAUUCCAGCACACAUUUCGGCCUCUAGCAAUGGUUUACCUUCAAUUUUACAGACAUGCCAAAUAGUUGGUCAGCCAGGACUUGUUCUCACUCAAGUUGCAGGUACAAAUACAUUACCAGUAACAGCCCCAAUAGCUUUGACUGUAGCAGGAGUCCCAAACCAAACACAGUUACAGAAGAGUCAGAUUCACAGUGCUCAGCCUACUGCAGAAACCAAACAAGUAGCUGCAAUUCCAGCUCCUCAGCCUAUCAAAAAUGAAUCCACACUGAUGAAUCCUGACUCCUUUGGCAUCCGAGCAAAAAAAACUAAGGAACAACUGGCAGAAUUGAAAGUCAGCUACCUUAAAAACCAGUUUCCUCAAGACUCAGAAAUUGUUAGACUUAUGAAAAUAACAGGCCUCACUAAAGGAGAGAUCAAAAAGUGGUUCAGUGAUACACGCUACAAUCAGAGAAACUCAAAGAAUAAUCAUGGGAUUCAUCUCAACAGUGAUUCAUGUGCCACCAUUGUUAUUGAUUCAAGUGAUGAAAUGAAUGAAUCUCCAACAGGAGUCACUCCACAGAGCAAGCCAUCUUGGGGUACUUUUCCCGAUUUCACCCCACAAAAAUUCAAAGAGAAGACUUCUGAACAGCUGCAAGUCCUCCAAGCAAGUUUUCUUAAUAACCCUGUCCUUACUGAGGAAGAGAUGAAUAGAUUAAGAGCCCAAACAAAACUGACCAGGAGAGAGAUUGAUGCCUGGUUUAUAGAAAAAAGGAAAUCAAAUGUCUUGAAGGAAGAGGGAGCUGACAUGAAUGAAAGCAAUGCUGGCAGCUCCAAAGAGGAGUCUGGAGAAACAUCUGUGGGAGAUGGAGCAGCAGGAACAAAAUCAGGGUGUUCUACUUCAAGCAAAAUAGGCAAAAAAUCACCAGAGCAGUUGCACAUGCUCAAAAGUUCCUUUGUCCGUACUCAGUGGCCAUCUCCACAAGAAUACAACAAGCUGGCAGAAGAAACUGGGCUUCCAAGAUCAGAAAUUGUGAGCUGGUUUGGAGAUACUCGCUAUGCCUGGAAAAAUGGUGGAUUGAAAUGGUAUUACUAUUACCAGAGUGCCAGUGCAAACAGUCUGAAUGGCCAAGGCUUUGCAAGGAAGAGAGGGAGAGGAAGACCAAAAGGGAGGGGGAGAGGGAGACCUCGGGGGAGGCCUCGGGGAAGCAAGAGGUUAAAUUGCUGGGACAGAGGUGUAUCUGUCAUAAAAUUUAAAACUGGAACAGCAAUCCUGAAGGACUAUUAUAUGAAGCACAAAUUCCUUAAUGAGCAAGACCUUGAUGAACUGGUAGCCAAAUCUCACAUGGGAUAUGAGCAGGUCAGAGAAUGGUUUGCAGAAAGGCAAAGAAGAUUAGAACUUGGAAUAGAGCUGUUUGAUGAGAAUGAGGAGGAAGAUGAAAUGCUGGAUGAUCAGGAGGAUGAGGAAGAAACAGAUGAUAGUGAUACUUGGGAACCCCCUAGGCAUGUUAAACGUAAACUUUCAAAAACAGACUGAUGUACAAUUUGGAAUUUGGGGGCCAAAAACCUAUGAAUUAGGUUUGAUGUUAUUAUGAAGAGCCAAAUGAUUUUUCAUGGCCUUCAGUUUAGCAAGCAGCUGCUUAGCAUCUUCCUUCCACCUAAGAGUACCUGGGCAAGAUGCUACCUGUGCAGGCAAGAACUGUUUGCUUUGUUGCUACAAGAGAUGAACAUCCUCAGGCCUGGCCUGGGACAGGGGGUUACAAAUCAGAUCAAGUUCAGCUCUUCCUUUCCCACACUACCGAUGGGAAGGUUCAUGUUCAUCAUACACGUGACUGCUUCUCAGUAUUUAAUUGCCUUAUGUUGUUUAAUUCCAAAAAAACACAGACACUUUUUUGUUGUUGUUGUUGCUGUAAGAGAACAUUGCCUGCUUGUGAAGGAGGAAAACACAAAAACAUUAGAUGUCUUUUUGCAAACAUCACUUCAUCUGAAAGGUUUCAAGGCCUGGCUCUCUUUCUUAAGGAAAGCGUUGAAAACAAAAGAGAAGGGGAAAAGUGUGACAAAAGGAACCAAUGAACCUAGGGGUGAGGAUUGAUUGGUUUCAGAAAAUAAGGUGAUAUCUGCACCUUUUGCAUAUCUUUGGAGUGUUUUGGGUUUACAGAACUUGGACUGAAGUGUUCCUUGUUGAAAAUGAUGAGCUAACUGAAUGAGUCUGAUGCUAGAAGAAGUUUUGUGUUACAGUCAGUAUAAUCAGUGUAUCCCAUAUCAAUCUAAUUUAAAUGUCUGACAGACUUGAUGCAGUUAAUAGUAACACUCACUUCUACCUUGUGCAUUCUUUCCUUUGUUGGAAAUGGUAAAAGAAGUAUCUAUAUUUCAAAAAAAAAGAGUAAUUUUUUGAAAUCUGACACUGAGUUUUAAGGUUAACAAAAGACAAAAACUGCCUGGGAGUUGUUCAGAGUUGCCUAGGUGUUUGUAAGAAUACACAGAUACAGAGAUGAAAAACAUCUUUUGGAGCUAGUAAGAAAGGUUUUCAAGUAAGUUGUGGCAAUGACAUGGUGUUUAAUUCACCAAAAAAAAUGAAGUUAUAUGGCUUUUAGAUGCUUAGCUAUUACAAACACGUUAGUGUUGAAUUGUUCUUCAGUGAUAGCCCAGUUGAGUGAUUUGUGUGCAGGUUUAACAGUAAAACAUCCUAAUUGAACUCACCACUGUGCUGAUUGCUCCUAGGACUGCUGGGUGAACACACUUAUUUCUGGAGGUGGGUUGAUCUACCUGAACUGAACUCCAGAAGUAGUUAAAUCUGAUACAAAACAUUCCCAUCUUAAAUAAGUGUAUAUAAAAUAAUUUUUUUAAAAAGCUAUUUCGUCUCAAUACUGUGAAGUUAUAGUGUAGUUUGAAUUAGCAACUUAAAACAAUAGACCAAAUUCACACAAACUUAGUUUAGGCAGAUGUUUCGCAUUCUAGAGAACUGUUACUCCAAGGAAGAGUAGUUUAUAUUUUUGCUACUGGUAGCUUGCAUUUUUAGGAAUAAGUUACUUUAUAUUUAGAUGUCAAAAGAUGGUGAUGAAUUGGUGCUGCUGUCACCAGCGUUGUUCUGCUUUUACAUUGGCACUAAUGGAUACUAGCAAUCUCCUUUUGCACAUCCGACAGCAUCUUCUCUGUAGGCUUCUGCAUCUGAUGACUGAUGAGGACAGAUUAGUGCCGAGAAAGUGGGACCCAGUGUCUCCCCAUCUCCAAGAACCUAUGCUAGAAUUUUAGAAUUAGUCUUUCUUCUGGAUUGUGAUAACUCAAAAAAACGAAGAAAGCCCUUUUAUUCUUGCUUUUCUGAAGCAGAGGAGUCCAUGUUGGAUCUGGUUUUCAUAUCUGAUUGCGGGUGAAGCCCAGGCUAAAGUAAGAAAGGGAGUAAUGUCUGACAAAAAACAUUGUUACCAUCCCAGACCUUCCUCUCUGGACUCUUGUAGCUGCCCUUCUGCUCACAGAUUGAAUGAGUUCCCUGAGCUCCAGGAGGAUGUUUCACAGGAAAGCCAUUUACUGGGUUACCUCUUCUGACUGUUUUAAGAUUACUGGGGAGAAAAAGGCAAUAGCUUAUGAUAUAUGUCAUGAAUUUGAUGAUGAAACUAUUCCCUCGCUUCCAAGGCUCAAGUUGGUGAGACACAAAGUGGCCAGCACUGCUAGAGAGGAAUAGCCAAGAAUCCCUCAUUUUAACUUUGGAGUGGGGCAGAAGCAACCCCAUGUUGUCAACAUAUAUCAUGGGAUUUUUUGUGACUCUGCAUGUGAGGUGGUACAAGAGUGAUCAAGAUCUGGCCUUUUCAGCAUGGGGCUGGGAAGGAUUCUCAUUUGUGUAUUAGUAGUGUGGAUGAUGGUAAUAGUGUGCUGUUGUAGAUCCUAGCAGAUACAAGAAAGACUCACGCUAGCUUCAAGCUCUGUUGGGAAUACAGGGUCAAAAAUCUGUGCUUGCUGAGUAGGAAAGAACAAAGCUAGAAGGAAAAUAUGCUAUUUUUAAGUUUCCAAAAAUAUUAAACCAAAUCCUUGGGAAUAUGCCUCUAGCAAGCAAAAUCUGGAGUUGCCUUAAUCCUUGAAGUUGACCCAGAAUUAAGUUUCUUAAAAAAAAAAAAAAAACAACAACAAAAAAAACACCAAAACAACCAAGCAGCUUGUCCAAAUAAAUAUCUUCAUUUUUGUUACCAGAGCCUUAGUUAGGUUAGCUAAGAAUUCUGUCUUUAAAAAAUGGGGGAAAAUACAAAGAUCCAAGUUAUUUACGUGACUGAACUGGGAUAUUUUCCACUUUGGCAGUGUUCUAUUAAAUAAUACUCAGCUACAAAGGUAGGCCUUAGCACAUCUGGUCUGAAAAACACAGGAAGAGGAAAUACAUUGUUUAUCAGACUAAAUAUAGUUGGAUUGGAGGUCUUCUUUCAGUAGAAUGGUCAGAGACAGUGGCUGAUGCAUACUGGGCCAGAUUUUCAGUUACUGUAAAUACUAAAGUUCCAUAUAUUCCACUGGUUAUACCAGUAUUUACAGCCCAAUGAGAAAAUUAUCUCUUUGCAGAACAUAAAAUUGAAAUUAAACCUUGUGCUGUGAAUCAGCUAAUGAGAGAUGCAGAGUCUACACAUAGCAUGUUGAGCUAAGUGCACAUUUUAAGCCUUUCAGUUGUGCUAAGGAUGAGGAAAUUCUGGGUGGGUUCAACCCGAAGACAGAAGUUGUAUGCAUUCAUUAUUGCCCAUAGUCUGACAGUUAUUUCUGCUUGAAGAAUCCAUUAAUUACCAGUGUGCAGCAUGUGUAUAUUUGCACUGGGAGAGAGGCAAACUCCUUCCAGAGGCCUCCCGUGUCAGGAGUGAUUGAGGAAGCACUGGAAGGUGCUGUGGUCAGUUGUACCUCUGAUUUGUGGUCAUGGCUGGUGGGAACUCAGAGCUGCUGGUAACAGUGGUUCAGCCCAGAUUCACCUCAGCCACUCUUAGGCUGCUGUGGGCACUGUACAGUCACUGAGAGAAACAGAGGUGGCCUGGGGGGUGGGAAGGAUAUGGCACCUUCUCAUUCUACCCAUCCCUGGAAACUCCCUGAACUUAAGCACAUCAACAAGUGUCUUAAUGUAUUAUGAUUCUGAGCACCUCUGUGCUCAUCAGCAGUGCACCCCUGCAAGCCUGGCUCCCUUUUAUAGCUUAUGCACACUUCCAAGGUGUUUUGGAAGCCAUUUGGACUGAGUUGUGGUGGCAGUUGGAAAGGAAGGGGAAAGAAAAUGUGUCUCCCCAGGAGUGAGUGUCCAUGUGACCUUCUUGAUUUUCUUGCAUGGUAAGGAAUGUAUCUAUAUGAACCUGUGGUAUGUUUUCUGUAUUUCUGUGGAGCUUCACCUCUUAGCUCAUUAUGAGCCAGGCUUCAGUGAUUGUCACUGACAGUGUGACAAAGAAACUUGCUUAGAUCUUACCUCUAGGUAGCUGGUUUCUCAGUCUUCUUUGGCACCACUACAUCAGAAUUCAGUUGUGAACAUCUGAAAACCUUCAGAGCUAAGCUAGUGCAUUUCUCUUCAUUUACUGUUUCUGCCAGGAGUACCUGCUCUCAUGAUGCCAGUUGUGCAGCCUCUGGAAUUCAACUAGAGAGAGAAUACAGAUAAUCCUCUGCCAGAAUGGAGAGGGAAAAGGGCUAAAAGACAGAAUGCAGUGGGGACCAGGGACAACAUCCACCAUCACAGUGUCAUCCUGCUUCAUGGCAUGUUUCACCCUCACUUCCAAGUGCAGUGAAAGAGCACAGUUCCAUCUUAAAGACUGCUGUCUUCCCAGUAUCACCUCUCAGUGACCCCAAAGUUAGUGUUGGAAAAAAGAAAGUCAGGCCUAUAUUCCCCUGGAGGUUUGAAGGAACUAACAGUGCUGGCUUGUAAGAAGUGAACAGAAGGGAAAACGCAAAAGCUUGAAGGCUCUGACUUUUCCUUGCCCUGCAGAAUUUACUUUUCUAGAAGUUGAUAAGCAAAACAAAUUUAACUCCUUCUGUUCUGACAGAAGGAGUAAAUUAUUACAGUCACUCCUUUUUAGCACAUAGAAAUCUCUUCUUUGUCUGAAAGCAAAGAAGAGGAAAGAUACCUAGUACCUGAUUAUUAGAAUUUAGUGUAUUAUCUCUAAUACACUGUAGUAAGUGAGGCCAUGCCUUUUUUAACCUUGUCUGGUACCAUGUUGAAAACUGCUUUUUCAUUACAUUAUGAGCUGUAAUUCAUAAUUCAAAGUUACUGACUACAACUUUGAUUAUUGGGAAAUUCACGCAGUGUCCAUACAUGACAUGAAAUAAUUUUCUAAUGGAUUAUUUGCUCACCUUGAACAAAAGCAGAUUUUCUCUCCAAGAAAUGCUUGAGGCAGGCAAAUGCACUCCCUUCCCCUCUAAUGAGCAAAGAAAGGGUUUCUGGAUCCCAUACAAAGUUAUUCAUGGCUGUACACGGUCCCUGUAGGCCAGAAAGCCCAAAGAUGCAGACAUUCUCCUCUGUUUUCCUCUGAAGUGAGAGCACAGCAGUAACUCUGACAGCUGAUCUCUGGCUGCUGAGUAACCAGGCUGUGGUUUAAGGUGGGGAGUGUUUUCCCUUUUGCACUUAACGGAGUACUGUGUAUUCAGGCUGGAUGGCAGUGUUUGCUUCUGUAAAUAUGGCAGUGCCGAUUUGCAUCCUCCACCUGAGUCCAAUACCUGUCUAUAUCUCCCAAGGAGAGAAGAUAAUCUUUAAGCUUCUGUAGUGUUAAAUAUCCCUGCCCUAACAUGAAGGCACAAAAGUAGAGUGGAAUUAAAUAUAGCUAUUUAAUUUAUUUUUUGCUUUGGAAACAAUUUUGCUUGCAUUAAGUAGUAAUAGAGAGAUAGUAUCAAUGACCAGAGAAGAAUAGAACUUUAAGAAUUAUUUAUAAUACCUAGGAUGAUGGUGUAAAUUAAAGAUGGAAAGGGCUAGUAGAGGAUUCAGUUCCCUACACUAAACAGUGGUGGGUUAAGUCUGUAUUCUCCAUCCAGUUUGUGAUAUCCUAAGAUCAGUAGAUUUACCAAGAAGCAUGACACAAACUUAUCAGGUCAAGUUACUUGAGGUUUGCUGAUAUAUUAAAAUUCUUUAGGAAAAUAUUUUGAAACAAGUAUUUCAACAGAAAGUGAAAAAUCCCCUUAAUGGCUACUAACACACGAUAACUCAAAUUUCUGCAUUUUUUCCCCACUUCUAAAAAGGGAUCUUUUGAAGCACAGGUGGGUUAUAGCCAGUAUUUCCAGGUUUAAUGGUUGGAGUUCUUGGGGAUUUUUCUCCUUCUGUGGUGAAGAGCAUCUGCACCUUUUCAGUGAACAGUUGUUGCAAAACCAACUCACACAACAUUAUAAAAUGUAGAGGGAUAACUGAGCAUUCGGUAGCACUUUUCAUGAAUUAAGGUGGGAUUUGUCUGAUGCAUGUUGAUGUCUGCAGUGGAGCAAGGCACUGUAGGUAUUCAGCACAGCAAGGAGUGCACACUGCUCAUCCUGCAUGCCGGGAGUAGCUGAGGAACUGCACCCCAGCUCCACUGACUUACCCUGACUUGCGGGCAGCCGCUGACACUGCAGACAUCUGACAUUGCCGAGAGAGAUCUUUGUGUUGUGCUGAGCAGUGGUACUGACCUCUGCUUCCAACCUGAUGCUUGUUGGGAACUGAGGCCUUUUUUUUUUUUCUUUUAUUUAGAGCAGGUAGCACUACAGUGAUGGAUAAAGUAACUGAUCCUUGGUAAUAAUACAGUGGCAGAAAAAAAUGCUUUUUUGGUUUUCUCAAGUGCUGAUGUGAAGCCCCCCAGCUUCCCCUGCCCGGCAGAGGCACCUUCAGCUGCGGGGUCACUGCCCUGGGUCUCCCCUGGAUCCCGAGGAGGGUCAGGGGGCGCUGAGGCAGAAAGUCACACUGCCUGCCUUGUUUGGGGGAGAGGCGGCGUCUGAGGAGGUGUAUGGAACUCAAAGCUACAGAGAACCCAGCAGCCAAAAGUGGCCUCGAGGCUUUUCCAACAUCUUAAAUACCGGGGCGGUAACAAGGGGACGGGAACACCCAUUGACCAAUGGAGGAAUUUGGGGGAGCAGAAGGUGAAAGGACAGACAGAUACAAAAACCAAUGGGGAAACUUAAGGGCGGGACCCCAGGCCCUCAUCCAGUCCCUCGAGGCCCAGGGUAGAAGAUUCGGGAAGAAUGGGAUGGAGGGCGAUGGGUACCAGGGAGGGAGGAUGAAGUGUCCGAGCAUUGUCAAGGAGAUUGGCACUGAGGGAACUGUGGGAAAACUCGGCAUGGAAACAUUGGGAGAAAAUGGGGGUGGAGGGGCAAACCAUUACAGAACUGUUACCAAAAUAUAAGAACACAAUACAACACUCAAGUAUUUUAGAGAUAAGGUUACUGUGUGAGCAUUGGACUCUGCAUAACCUAGAAUGCGUUAGGACACAUAAUAUUUGUGUCCCGGUUGAUGAAAGUAUUUCCUUAUGCUUAUUCGGUACUAGAUACCUAUCAUGAAAGUGUCCCCAAAGAGUGCUAGAAUGGCAGAAGAGUCAAGUCCUCAUCUAUGCUAUGAAAUGAUCAACCACAAGAGCUCUGCUGUGAUAUCAGAAUGUUCCCGCAUCUUACAGUUUCAGCUUACAAAAGUAUUUCCAGCCCUGCAUAGUUGGCUCUCUGCAUGUAUGCUUAGAGUGUGUACAGAAAUGCACUAAAAUGAGUUGCCCUACCUGGGAAGGCUUUAUAUUGUACAGAAAAUGUGGCACUAGGUACUGCUCUUCAUGUGCACAGGAGAGUUAACAGGUGUCAGUCUCGUUUACAGAAAUGAUGGCGCUUUGCAAUUUUCUAUAAUAUAUUGCAAUAUAUUUAAAUGUCCUGUUUGACAUGUGAAAUGAAACUAAGUUAAUGCAUUGUUUGUAUUUGAAGUAUGAGGAAGAUGAUUCACUAACGACCAGCAAGGUUUUUAGAAAGGUGUCCAGUAUGUAGCUGUCUGUGUGAUCUGUCUGGUGUACGUGAUAUUAAAGGAAGCAACAAUACUGUCACUGUUUAGAAUGAAGAGUUUCUUUUGAAUGAUGCAAUACCUUACAAUGUGUUUCCUUUGUAGCUGCCCAGCGUGGUGAAGGGGAAGCAAUUCUUGAAAAAUUUCAAGAUAACUGGUUAACUGUGAAUGGGCCUAAUAUUUCGUGAAACCAAGAAAAUUUUUGGACACACACAGGACUUGAAUACUCAAAAGGAUUGGAACUUAGUGUUGUGCCAAAGCUAAACUACUGCAGUUGGCAGUUCUGCACUGUAAAUAGAAGACUGAUUAAAAGACAGCUUGUAAAAAAAAAAUCAAAUUUUAAUAUACGUUUUUAUUCUGAUACAUGAUGGAAACAUUCAGUUUUAAACCUUUUUUGAAGAGGCUUCAGUGACCACUAGAUUUUGUCCUCUUAUAUUUUGUUUGGCCUAAUACUAUUUGUUUUAGUAAGAUGGGCUUUAUUGCCUGUGUUCUUUGAUAUGUGAUUAAGCUUAUAGCUUUGAGUGACCAAACAUUUUACAGAGUAAAAGUUCUUAGAAACAGUAUAAUGUAACUGAUAUAUCUGUGUCUUAUUUAUCAGGCUCUGCACAAACUUGGAAAGUUGUGCUGGACUUGUACAACUGGUGUAUGGGAACGCAGCAUACUUCUGGAUAUUACAAACCUAAGCCUUUGUGGCUGUAUGGAUCUUGUCUUUGGAUUUAUUUUUGUUAUUUCUUUUUGAGGCAAAGAAACGAAUGGAUGCUGCUGUAAAAUAUUUGUAAUAUUGCCAUUAUUUCUUUCUGUAGCAAUUAUUGCUUUUGCUUCAACAGAUAAAGAAAAUAAAUCAGAGAUAGAAAAAUCCUAAAGACGCUGGUAGAAGAAAGGAUCAUGUGAGAACUUCUGAAAAUAAACUUUGUACCAAAAAUUUGAAAACAGAAA